AUGAUGGUGGCACAGGAAGAUGUGGAGGCGGCCUCAGGCUUGGAAUGUGAGCUGCUGGGGAAGUGGGGUUCUUUUGGAUGGUGGUUGCAGGUGUUCCUCGGCUGUGUGUGCCUUGUAUCCCUGGUGGGCAAGAGGUUCACCGACAAGGUGAGAAGGCCCUGGAAGGUCUGGUUCUUUGACACAGCAAAACAAGGUACGCAGGCCUUGAUGAACCACGUCAUCAACAUCGGGUUAUCCAUGGGAUUUGGGGAAUGGCUGGCAGUGGAUGCUGAUCCCUGCAAUUGGUACUGGAUUAACAUGUCCUUGGACUGCACCUUGGGCGUUGCGAUCAUGUUCCUCUUGCUGCGACUGCUGCAAUGCGUUUACCGCAGCAAACUGGUAGCACGGCCAGAGCUUGCAAGGUGCGGUCACUACGGCGAUCCGCCUGACACGAAAAUUUUUCUCCGCCAGCUGCUGGACUGGCAGGCGCUGGUCUUUGUACAGAAGCUCAUGCUGGCGGCGCUUGUCAUCAACUUCCGGGCAAGCAUGGCUUGGACUAGCACAGCUCUGCUUGGGUGGCUUGAUGAUUUCCCACGGGCGAAGCUCGUGGUUGUCAUGGUUCUGAUGCCGCUCAUACUGAACGUCUUUGCACUGUGGACAGCUGACAGCUUCUUGCAGGCCAAGACUAACGACUCUGAAGAAGUUCAGGUGAGAGAAUCGCUAGUGGCGGGCAUCCCUGCCGUGGUGGGACGGGACGUGCCCGCGCUCCAUGCACAGGAGGAGGACGACUCCAUUAUGUCGUUCCAAGAGUGGAAGCGGAAGACGUCGCAGCCACCACGAGCGCGGCUGACAGAGUUGACGUCCAUCUGA